UUUUUUUUUUUUAAUUAAUCUCAAUAUAAUCAAAGAUGAAUAACACUGCCAUCAACCUUGACCGUCCACUUAUUGUUGGUCCUGAAACAUUUGAAGCACCUUAUCCCAUUGCGAUUUCAGGUACAGUUGUAAAAGGCUUUGGUCGUGGCUCAAAGGAAUUAGGAAUCCCAACAGCAAAUAUGAGUGAUGACGCUCUUGAAGAAAUGUUUCAUGAAUGCAAUACAGGUGUGUAUUAUGGUUGGGCUCAAAUUGGGGAAAAGGAUACAACAGUAUACCCUAUGGUUAUGAGUUUAGGUUGGAAUCCUUAUUAUAAAAAUGAAAAGAAAUCAGCUGAAGUUCAUAUUCUUCAUGAAUUUCCUUCGGAUUUUUAUGGCGAGUCAAUUAGAAUUAUUGUGGCAAGCUAUAUUCGACCUGAGCAAAAUUACCCUUCACUUGAUGCCCUUAUUCGUGAUAUUAAGACGGAUAUUGAAGUAGCAAAGCAUUCUUUAAAGCGUAAAGCGUAUGAUGAACUUCGCAAUGAUAAACUUUUUACAACAAAGCAAUAGAGCCAUUUUAGAUUAGAAAAUAGAUGCAUUUUUUGUAAUAGAGUAAUUAUGUAUAAUAUACUAGAUUUAUUAUUUUUUUUUAUACGAGUUAUGUCUUUUAUUUCCUUG